AUGGAGCCUGCAACCAAUGGUGUAUCUGAUAGGAAGACAGUUGCUGAUGCGUGCAAGACACAGUGGGAAAAACUUGGCUCCUGGUUCAUCGGACCUUCUUCUGAAAACAUUGACGAGUUCUCUGAAUUAGCCAUUGAGACAUUUAGACAAAAUGUCGGAAUACAAAGCAAAUCGCCAGCCGAUCGCACAUUUAUUACCUCAAAGAUGAAAUCGUCAGUAAAUUUCAGAACAGAAAUGGCCAAGCUGAAAAAAGAACUUGAAUUUCUAAACGAUGAACUACGAGAAUCGAUCCCCUUCUCAAGUGUUAGAUAUCAGGGUCACGUUAUCCCUGACCCAACAAUGUCAGCCAAGUUAGGUUUCCUGUCUGCCUGGAUGACAAACGCCAACAAUGCGUCCAGCGAGGUAGGUCCAGUAACGACGCGACUAGAAAUAGAGGUUGGGAAACAACUGUGUGAUUUGCUUGGCUUUGCGGGGACACAUAAUCCACGAGGUUACAUCACAAAUGGAGGAACAUCCGCCAAUAUAGAGGCAUUAUGGUCGUCCAGAAAUGUCAAGUUUCUCCCUUUGGCAGUGAGAAAAGCCAUACAAGAUGAACCGAUGUUAUAUGAUGCUGAAAACCUGAGCGUAUACAUACCCCGACUUGACAGAAAGCAGAAAAUAACAUAUGCUUCAGAUUGGGACCUGCUGAAUCUUAAUCUAGACGAUAUCGUAGCUCUACCUGGAGAACUCCAGCGACUUAUCAGAAAGCCAGAUGAUUCCAAAGACGCUAUAAGCAGGUACAGUAUCGCUCACAACGGGCUUGUCAAUUUCUAUGAGAUGCAUGACCUGAAGACCGCACCUAUGAUAAUUGCAUCUCCAUCCAAUCAUUUUUCUUGGGGUAAGGCCGCCACUCUAUUGGGAAUCGGUGGAUGCAAUCUGAUGAGUGUCGCUCCUGAUCGACGGGCAAGGAUGGAUAUUGUAGCACUUCGGAAACUCCUCGAUAAAUGCCUGGCUGACAGGAUACCUCUGGUUGCCGUGAUAUGUGUUAUUGGUACGACCGAACACGGAGCAGUCGAUCCCAUUGCAGAUGUUCUGAAAUUGAGAGCUGAAUACAAGACAAAAGGCCUGAAUUUUUGCCUACUGGCAGAUGGUGCAUGGGGUGGAUACUUCACGACAAUACUUCGAAGAAAACAUAUAAAUGACGAAUUGCUGCCAAAAUUUCCUAUGAGCAAUUACGUGCGCAAACAACUUAACAACUUGAAGUAUGCUGAUACUGUGACUAUCGACCCACACAAGUCAGGGUAUUGCCCUUUUCCGGCAGGUGGUCUUUGCUACAGAAAUGGACAGAUGAAGUCUUCGCUUGCUUUUGAUACUGAUGUAGUCUUCACUGAAGACAUAACAGCUAGUAACUGUUAUGGACUAGAGACAUCAAAACCAGGAGCAGCAUCUGCUGGAGUGUACCUAACGCACAAGGUGAUUGGGCUGAACAGUUCUGGUUACGGACGAAUCCUUGGACAGGCAUUGCUCGGUGCAAAAUUAUUCUACUGUGCAUGGCUAACAGCUGCCAAUCAAGAUGAUGGCUUUGUAUGCAUUCCCUUGAUCCCAAUACCUAAAGGAUUUGACUUUGACGAAGAAUCGGCAAAACAGUUUAUACGUGACAGGGUCAUUUGCAAAUCGUACGAAGAUCUUUUAUCGGAUAGCGAGGUGGGUAAUUUUCUGUCCGAAAUUGGUCCCGAUGUUGCCAUCAACGCUUUUGCCGUUAAUAUCAAGGGAAACACAUCUGCCGAGAUUUGCAAUCGCCUCAACGUAGCCAUCUACCAUAGACUGUCCCAUAGAGAACCAAACCGAAAGAGCGUUUGUGAUGUGCCACUCUUCUUAACAAAAUCAAGUCUUUCUCUAACUGAUUAUGUUAAGAUAUCAGAGAUAUUUAAGAUACGUCUUGGGAUAUCGCCAGAAUCAAAAGGCUCACUAACUAUCCUGAGGAAUACAGUGACGAAUUCCUGGACAGCAGCUGACCAGACAAUACCGAUACUUGUCCAGCAAUUCCGACAUGUGGUCGUGCAGUGUAUAACAGAGAUAAUGAAAUGUUGA